AUGGUCUUGUCUUCGUCUGGCUCUGGCAGCGACAACGACAACGAGGAAACGCUGCCUUUUUACGAACGAGAUAGCCUGCUGCCGCGAGACGACGCAAACAUGGCUCCCAAUACGAGGAAAGCUGCUGCCGAAUGCAUCUCUGAUGAUGCCCUGAUACAUCUAAAGUCGUACAAAUAUUCGAGCGUCGACAAGUCGCCCGUGUCGAAAUACAUCCUUGGUCCAUGGUGGAAUGCCUUUGUAAAUGUGUUGCCGUUAUGGAUUGCCCCAAACAUGGUUACCCUGUUGGGCUUCUUUUUUAUUCUGGGUAACAUUGGCCUGCUGGUCAUUUAUAUGCCCGACUUGGUCGGACCGGGACCAACAUGGCUGUACUUCAGCUUCGCAUUCGGUCUGUUUAUGUAUCAGACCAUGGACAACGUUGAUGGAAAGCAGGCGAGAAGGACGGGAACUUCGAGCGGACUCGGCGAGCUCUUCGACCACGGAAUCGACUCUCUCAAUUGCACACUCGCAAGUUUACUCGAAACCGCUGCCAUGGGCUUGGGAACAUCGAACGCCGGAAUCUUUACGGCCCUGUGCCCUUGUCUCGCCAUGUUCUUUUCGACCUGGGAGACGUACCACACUCACACCUUAUACCUGGGCGUUAUCAACGGCCCUACCGAAGGCUUGCUCAUCGCUUGCAGCAUCAUGAUUGCUUCGGGAAUUUGGGGCCCUCAUAUCUGGACUCUGCCUCUUGCCGAUGCUCUUGGGGAUAACUUGCCUGGACUGGCCGACAUGCUUGGCAAGACGUCAUUCCGAGAUAUCUGGGUUGGCUUGAUUAUUGUGUCCCUGCUCGCUGGACACAUUCCCUUUUGCUUGUACAAUGUCGCAUGUGCACGCCAGAAGCAGGGACUUCCCGUCAUUCCCGUGUUCGCCGAGUGGACGCCGAUGGCUGUGUUCACGCUGGGGGUCGGAGCCUGGGUGUUUUCUCCUUACAGCACAUUGAUGACGGAUAAUCACUUGGUCCUGUUCUGCUUGACCAUGUCCUUUGUCUUUGGCCGCCUGACCACCAAGAUGAUCCUUGCGCACUUGACUCGCCAGCCUUUCCCAUACUGGACGGUUAUGCUUGCACCGCUUGUGGGCGGCGCAUUCCUCGGAAACCUUCCGCGACUGGGCCUCCCGCAGAUCAGUGCCACCUUGGAAUUGUACUACCUGUGGGCAUACUUUUUCUUCUCUCUGGUGGUGUACUUCCGCUGGGCAUACAUUGUCAUUACGGCCAUCUGCGAUUAUCUCGGCAUCAAUGCGUUGACCAUCCCUAAGGAGAAGCAGAUUGCCAACAAACAGGCCCGCAAUGCCACGAAGCAGCAUUAA